GCGCAGGCACGACUUCCUCCCGGAAGUGGAGGGUCUCCGCGUAGAGAGCGGCAGAGUCCGGGUGCCAGGGCGGUAGCAGCGCCUGCUGAGCUUGUGGGCUCCUGCCACCCUCCUUCCCCGCUCCGCCCACCAUGUCUGCCUUCGACACGAACCCCUUCGCGGACCCGGUGGACGUGAACCCUUUCCAGGAUCCGUCUGUGACCCAGCUGACCAAUCCCCCUCAGGGUGGCCUGGCAGAAUUCAACCCUUUCUCAGAGAAUUCCCAGCUGACAAAUGCAGCAGCAACGACAGUCCCAGCCUCCCAGCCCACCGGGCCAUCGCAGCCUGCAGUCCUCCAGCCCUCAGUGGAACCGACCCCCCAGGCUGUGGCCUCUGCAGCCCAGGCGGGCUUGCUACAGCAGCAGGAAGAGCUGGAGAGGAAAGCUGCUGAGCUGGACAGGAAGGAGCGGGAGCUACAGAAUGCCACAGCCAACCUGCACGUGAGGCCAAACAAUUGGCCCCCGCUGCCCUCGGGCUGCCCUAUCAAGCCCUGCUUCUACCAGGAUUUCUCUGCAGAGAUCCCAGCUGAUUACCAGCGAACUUGCAAGAUGAUGUAUUACCUCUGGAUGUUGCAUUCAGUGACUUUGCUCCUGAAUCUUCUUGCCUGCCUGGCCGCAUUCAUUGAUCACGAUUAUAGGGGGGUUGACUUUGGCCUCUCAAUCCUGUGGUUUGUGCUCUUCACCCCAUGUGCCUUCGUCUGUUGGUACCGACCCAUCUACAAGGCCUUCAGGUCUGACAACUCCUUCAGCUUCUUCGUGUUCUUCUUUGUGUUCUUCUGCCAAAUAGCUAUCUACAUCAUCCAGCUGGUGGGCCUCCCCGGCUGGGGGAACAGUGGCUGGAUUGUUGCUAUGUCCACAGUGAAGUCUGACUCGACUAUAGCUGUCUCAGUCAUCAUGAUGGUGGUGGCUGGCUUCUUCACCCUCUGUGCUGUCCUCUCCCUCUUUCUCCUGAAACGGGUGCACUCUCUGUACCGACGGACGGGCGCCAGCUUCCAGCAGGCCCAGGAGGAGUUCUCCCAGGGCAUCUUUGCGAGCAGGACCUUCCAAAACACCGCAGCUGGUGCUGCGCGAGGAGCGUUCCAGGGAAAUUAACCCUUCCUGGCUGGUUGUCAUCCUCUUCUUUGCCAGCCCUUCUCUUCUUACCCAUCUCGCUGCCUCCUCCUGAGAUGCACUUUCCAGGGGUGCCUUGCUUACUGAAUGGUUCCGGCUAAGACGCAGAGAUGGGUCUCUUUUUUGGCCCAUCCUGUGUUUCUCAGCAGCCAGCCUUCCCUCCUACUUGAGGCCAGGGAGGGAGGCUCAGUUUUUUAUACAUACAGUCACACACAUACAAAAGUUACCAGGUCUUUCUUUUCUUUUGUAUGUAUGGCAAUUCCUGUCCCCAAGCACUGGGUUUUGGUUGUGGGGAUCCCCUUUGUUUGGGAUAGGCAGCCCCUGGCUGGGCUUUUAAAUCUCUGUGGCUUGGGAGAGGGUCCAGGGCAGGGCAAGGGGGACAGCAGCACCAUUCUAGCAUGAUGCCCCCUUCUACAGGCCAUCAUCAAGAAGAUGCUAAGUGGUCCCUGGUUCUUGUAUUGGAGAAGUGACCAAGGUGAUCUGUUCUCCUUUACUCUUGCCUGUCUUCAAGGAAAAUUAGUGUGACUUUAUAAAUCCUGUAGGGAGAGCAUGGCAAGGCUGGUUUCAGGACACUAACUUAUUGCCAGGAAUGGAGAGCAGCUCUGUCUCCAGCUCCUUCCCUUCAGGGCUCACCCCUGAGAGCCAAGUGCUUUUGGAUCAUGUCAGCUGCCAGGCUGGGGAAGGGAAGCUUCCCCUGCCUUGGGAAGAGAACUGGAAUCAUGGUCCCUAAGCAAAAAGUGCCUUAAUAAUCCAUUCCCCUUUUCCCCUCCCUGCCCCCCAAGGGUGGGAUAUCUCUGAGGGGAGCCCAGGUCUGCCUUGGGGGCAGAGAUGCUUGAAGAGCCUGCUGGGAGCUUGUGCUUCAGACUGGCUUGGUGGGUGUAUGGUGUGGGGAGAGGGGAGUCUGUGCAUCCAUUCCCUUCCCUCCUGAGGCUUUUGGGCCCGUUGAGCUGGUACAGACCCUUGUUUUGCUGCAUUCCCUUGCUUCCUUCUUGCCUCCCUCCUCCACCCCUUUCUGUCAGCAAUAGACUGCUGCCUGGCCUGGACUUGGCAAGGCUUUGGGCUAAGGUCCAGCCCCCCAGGUCUUAGCUGUGAAGAGAGAACCCUCAGCUGGGCCCCCAUCCUCAGUACCACCUCCUGAUGAGCCUCUGGAGGGCAGGGAGGGAAGGGAGUGGACUUGGUUCUACAAGAGGGGAGGAGGUGCCUGUGAUCCAGCCCGACUGCUCAUCCAGUCAAGUGAGGACUGGUCUGUGCUCUGUGAAUAGGACCCCCGCCCCAAUGCCGUUUGCCUGAUUUCCCUCUGGAUCCAAAUGUACCUAGCAAUAGUGGUGAUGAAUGAGAUUUUAAGAACUCCCUAUCCCCCCUUCUGAGAUAUAUUUUUCCCUCUGUACAAAUGUAUAUGUCAUGUCUUUUGUGCUUUAAAUAAAACUUAUGGAUGGAAAAAUUG